GCAGCGGCGCCUGAUGUGGCGCCACCGUAUGCGGCGUCGCGCGCGGCUUUGUUGCUGAAGAGCGCGGCGCUUUGGCGAAGCAGAGCGCCUCUGUCGCCGACGAGCGCGGGUCCUUUGCGGAUCAGAGCGGCGUUGUGGCCGGCGGCAGCGGCUUCAGCGCAGGAAUCUGAGGAGCGAUGCCGAGGGAAAUUAUCACCCUACAGUUGGGCCAGUGCGGCAAUCAGAUUGGGUUCGAGUUCUGGAAACAGCUGUGCGCCGAACAUGGUAUCAGCCCCGAGGGCAUCGUGGAGGAGUUCGCCACCGAAGGCACUGACCGAAAGGACGUCUUUUUCUACCAGGCAGACGAUGAGCACUACAUCCCCAGGGCGGUGCUGCUGGACCUGGAGCCCCGGGUGAUCCACUCCAUCCUCAACUCCCCCUAUGCCAAGCUCUACAACCCUGAGAACAUCUACCUGUCGGAGCACGGUGGAGGAGCCGGCAACAACUGGGCCAGCGGAUUCUCCCAGGGAGAGAAGAUCCAUGAGGACAUUUUUGACAUCAUAGACCGGGAGGCAGAUGGCAGUGACAGUCUAGAGGGCUUUGUUCUGUGUCACUCCAUUGCUGGGGGAACAGGCUCUGGCCUGGGCUCCUACCUCUUAGAACGACUCAAUGACAGGUACCCCAAAAAGCUGGUGCAGACGUACUCAGUGUUUCCUAAUCAGGAUGAGAUGAGCGACGUGGUGGUGCAGCCCUACAACUCACUGCUCACGCUCAAGAGGCUGACCCAGAACGCAGACUGUGUGGUGGUGCUGGACAACACAGCCCUGAACCGGAUCGCCACAGACCGUCUGCACAUCCAGAACCCGUCCUUCUCCCAGAUCAACCAGCUGGUGUCCACCAUCAUGUCGGCCAGCACCACCACCCUGCGCUAUCCCGGCUACAUGAACAAUGACCUCAUUGGCCUCAUUGCCUCACUCAUCCCCACACCGAGGCUGCACUUCCUCAUGACUGGCUACACCCCCCUCACCACGGACCAGUCGGUGGCCAGCGUGAGGAAGACCACGGUCCUGGAUGUUAUGAGGCGGCUGCUACAGCCCAAGAACGUGAUGGUGUCUACCGGCCGGGACCGCCAGACCAACCACUGCUACAUCGCCAUCCUCAACAUCAUCCAGGGAGAGGUGGACCCCACCCAGGUCCACAAGAGCCUGCAGAGGAUCCGGGAACGCAAGUUGGCCAACUUCAUCCCCUGGGGCCCAGCCAGCAUCCAGGUGGCUCUGUCUAGGAAGUCUCCAUACCUGCCCUCGGCCCACCGGGUCAGUGGGCUCAUGAUGGCCAACCACACCAGUAUCUCCUCGCUCUUUGAGCGGACCUGUCGCCAGUACGACAAGCUGCGGAAGCGGGAGGCCUUCCUGGAGCAGUUCCGCAAGGAGGACAUCUUCAAGGAGAACUUUGACGAGCUGGACACAUCCAGGGAGGUUGUGCAGGAGCUCAUUGAUGAGUACCAUGCGGCCACGCGGCCAGACUACAUCUCCUGGGGCACCCAGGAGCAGUGAUCCUCUAGACAGUGACCCUCAUCUGCCUUACUGGUUGGCCCAGGCCCCGCCUGACUGACCACACCUUCAGAGCACAGAUCAGGGACUUCCCACUUCUCCGUAUACACACAUACAGUCACUCUCUGUUGGCCUGGAGACACAUUUCCUUUUCCUCUUAUGAGACAUUUUAAUAAAGUACUAGCUAUAUAAAUCAA